AGGUUUACAAAUAAAGUUAGUGUUAAAUGCAAACACUUAUUAUCCCUUUCUGAGUCAAUCAUACCCAAACACACAGAAGUUUUACAAACAAACAUUCAAGAAAGCCACUUGUCCCCUUCUGAGUAUAUCAUACCCAAAAAAAAACAGUAGUAUUACACACAAACAUUCAAGAAAGCUACUUCCCUCCUUCUGAGUCAAUUAUACUUCAACACACUAUAAGUGGUAUAGCACACAUCAAGAUGCCCCCCCCCCCCCCUUAAUUAAUCAUACACACAAACUCACAUAGCAUUCACAACAUUGAUUUCAAAUUAGCAUGAAUAGCAGGCAAUCUUCGUACCAUAUAGUUAUAGUAUAAUUUGAGAUAUUAUUUUUUCAUGUAAAACCAAAAACAGGUACGUCAUUAGAAGUGCAUAUCAUCUUUUCUCUUGUGAGUCAAACGGCAAGGUUUUUAAAAAUAUACAUAACUAACUGAUUGUGUAGAUAAAAAUGCUAAUAUUGAUCAUGAGUGCCUAGGAAUAUUUGAAUAAUUGUAUGUAUCUACAUUAAUGAAGUAUAUGCCUAAAUAUACUUGUUAAAAAAAAAAGGUUUAAACAUAUUGUUUUUAGACAAACAGAAAAAUUUAAAUGUUUUCUUGUGCUAAAUCAAAAUUUGAUUUUUAAAAGUUUGCUAGUUCAAGAGAAUGUGCAAGAAAAAGGUCAAUACAUUUGUACUGGUUGGUAUUUUGAUUGGUUCCGGUGUUGGAAUAUUGUUUCCAUUGUUAGCCUCCAAUACUAUUGUAGAGAAAGAAAUUAAAAAGAAAAUGGUUAUCUCACCUUCCAGUCAAAUCUAUGACAUUUGGCAAGAUUCACCAGUUCCUGUCUACAUGCAGUUUUUUAUGUUUAAUGUGGAAAACCCAGAUGAAGUCAGAAAAGGAGAGAAGCCUUUUUUAAAACAGAUGGGGCCCUACACGUACAAAAUAAGAAAAACAAAGUUUGGUAUCAUUUGGAAUGACAAUGGAACAGUCAGCUAUAGACAGAGGCGCACAUUUACGUAUAUUCCACACAUGUCUUCUGGGAAUGAAAUGGACAAUGUCACAACUAUCAAUCCAUUUGUUGCUACUAUUGCUCACAGUAUACAGUGGCUUCCAUAUCUGCUUCCAGUGUUAACAUAUAUUAUGAAUACAGCCAAUGUAGAACUAUUUAUUGUCCGCCCAGUUCAUGAAGUUUUAUGGGGCUAUCAGGACCCAACACUUUCUAUUUUAAAACCUUUGAUGCCUAAUAGAAUCCCGACCACAUCCAUUGGGUAUUUCAUUCAGAAAAAUGCUACAGAUGAUGGUCUGUACACAGUGUAUACUGGAGCUGAUAACAUUGAACAGAUGGGGACAAUAUCCAGAUACAAUGGAGACAGAUAUGUGAAAUCAUGGUCAACUUCCUGGGCUAAUAUGGUCAAUGGAUCAGAUGGAACAUUGUGCUCACCUUUGAAAUUAAACAGAGAAAGUCUUUAUGUAUUUGCUUCCGAUAUUUGUAGAUCGUUAAAAAUUGAUUUUAAAAAGGAAGAGCCUCUUCUUAGAGGCAUGAAGGUCCGUCGAUUUGAGGUGGAAAAGAAUGCUUUCAUUAAUGCCUCAGCCAAUAAGGACAAUAUAGGUUUCUGUAUACCACAGUCUCAAUGUCUUCCUUCUGGUCUGUUAAACCUCACAACAUGUCAGAAGCCAGUGAAUGGAUUCACAAUACCAAUAAUCAUGUCCUUACCUCACUUCCUGUCAGCUGACCCUGAAGUCAGUAGCAGUGUUUUAGGUCUACAACCCAGUGAACAGGAACAUAGCAUAUAUAUGGACAUUGAGCCAUGGACUGGCCUUGUCCUACAGGGAGAAAAGAAAAUACAGAUUAAUAUAUUUAUACAACAGAAUCCAGUGCUUCAGCAGACUGCUGGUAUCAGGACUUUGUAUUUCCCAAUAUUCUGGAUUAAUGAGAGUUCGGUGAUAGAUGAUGAGCAUGCUAAAAUCUUGGUUAGUCAGCUGUUCACUCCCAUGAAGAUAGUGAACAUUGUCAAGUAUGUGAUACUGGCCAUUAGUCUCACUUCUUUUGCCACGUCUGCAGCUGUUUGGCUCGUUGGCACAUUUAUAAGUCAACACAAAAAGAAAGCUAUUGUCCAAGAGGAUGACCCUGGUGAGCCCUGUCUGAAAACUAGUAACAGCAGAUACUCUGACUUCAGAAGUGAGAUGGAAAAAUUAGGCUUUGGUUAUGAGAGAUUAAACACAUGAUCUGUUUGUGGGAAGUAAACAUUUUAAAGGUUGGCAAAGAAUGAAGUUUACUUAGAACAAUGAAGACAAGGAUUUUGAAACAAGACAUUGAUUAACCAAUCUUGUUUUAGUACAAGUCAAAAAAUGUAAAUGUAAUAUUUCAUUCUUCACUCUACCAUAACAUCAUCUCACUGAAUACCAAGAACUUGAAACAGCAUUCAAUUCCUAGCUAUCUACUGAUUUUGUAGCAUAUGAAAAAAAAAAUUGUAGGUUAUUAAUAUAACCAUAUUGUUUUAAGCAAUAUUAUUAAGUCUUAUGAUUGAACAUUUGCAAAACUAAAAAAAAAAAAAAAAUCCAGAACAGACAAUUCAAACCCUUUCCUAUUGACAUAAUCUAUAAGGAAUCCCAUCAUUUGGUUCAUUGUUUUUUGUUGUUUUACUUCUGACAUGUUUUUAAAUUGUGUCAAAAUAUUUGUUUGUAUUUAUUUGUAUUAUUAUAAUUUCUACACAGAUUUGGAUUGUAUUCACGAGACUAUAAACCUUUUGUUUUAAGAACUGAUUUUAAAUGACUGACUAGUUUUUAAAUUCUUUGUUUUGAUAUUCACUAAAAAUAAAAAUCAGUAUGUCUAUGUCUAGUGACUAUCAAUACUGAGUGAUAUUGUUUAUUCUGUAAAAUUGUGUGAGCGUUUUUUUGUCUAUAAAUCUAGUUUAACUCUUUUUUUCUAAUUCCAAUGUCUUGUGAGUGAGUCAUUAGAAAAUUAUUGUGACUCAAUCUUGGUCCUCUUCUGUUCUUUAAUUUUUAAAAGAUAAGCUGCUUCAUUUUCAUUCCUGGAUGUCAUCCAUCAAUCUUUUCAUUGUCUUCUUUACUUGCUUCCACCUGGUUCUGUGUCUUUUACAAUUAUUUUUGAAAAGCUACUCAUGGCACAUGUUUGUUAGUGUACAGUCUCAAAACAUUUAUUAAUUGAAUAAGGGAAUUGCAUGUUUGAUUAAAUAAAAAAUAAAUCUCUUUAGAUUGUAUACUUAGCUCUGUAUCUAGAUGUGUCAUUAAUUUAGUGUUUUCACAAUAGUUUCAUUUUUUUUUAACAGAAAUGUUAUUUUCUUGAAGAGACUGUCCCUUUACAAAACAAUUAUAGCAAUUAUACAUUCAUUAUAAGACAUUAGUCAGGCCAGGUUCACAUCUAACUUCACAUUCACUUUCACCAAUCCAUUGGUCUGUGGCACCACACAAGAUCUGUCAACGUUCUUUCUCCAUUCUUCUCUGUCAUUAGUCUUUGAUAGAAUUUCAUUCUGAUGUUCUUUCUGAAUAUAUUGAAACCUGCCUUUUUACCUGCCUGGGUGGACCACUUUGGGGGCCGAUUUUGAGUUUGUGUCUCCACACAAACUGUCUUUGUAACCUUGUUAUUACAUGUUCCUGUCCUUAGAUUAAAUGUUUAUGUUCUUAUCUUAAAUGUUUAUGUUCUUAUUUUAAAUGUUUAUUUUCUUAGAUUUAAUGUAUAUGUCCGUAGAUUAAAUCUUUACAUCUUUAGAAUAAUUGUUUAUGUGGUUACAUUUAUAUAGAUUGAGAGAAGAAUCUUUAUCCUUUAUCUUCUUCUUAUCUUAUAUAAUACAGACGUUACUUCAAAAAAGAAGAUGAUUAUGUCCUACGCGUCAUGCAUUUAGUCAUGCAUAUUAACUAAUGACUUAAAUUUUGCCAAGUCACUGGUUUUCCUGGCUAGCUCAGGCAACCCAUUCCAUGCUCUAAUAGCACUAGGGAAGAAGGAGUAUUUGUACAAAUUUGUCCUAGCAUAUGAGACAAGGAAUGUGCCUUUAUCUUUGUGUCUUUCUGAGUAUUUUAUUAAAUUUUGUUUUUUGUAUUUGAA